AUGAAUUUAUUAUAUAAAAAAAAUGGUUAUAUGCCACUUGAUAGCAAAGAAAUAAAUCAAGAAAUAUAUGAAGAAGUAAAUGAAGAAAUUAUAGCCAAACAAUCACUUAUAAUUAAUAAUAAUAAUUUUAAUAAUAAUGAAAUUUCAAUUGAUUUAAAUUUAAAUAAACAACAAUUACAACCUUCACCAUUAUAUGAAAUCAUUAUAAAACCAAUAAAAAAAACCAGAUUUUGCAUAAAUAUUACCAAUUAUGAAACAUAUUACUAUAACUCACAGAUUCCAGUUGAACUCUCACAUCUUUUUAAUGUGGGUGAAUAUAAAUCAAUAAUAGAUAAUAUAAACUCUAUAUAUAAAAAAAGAAAACUUUCAACAAUUAAAUUUUGGUUAAUUUUUAUUUUUUUUAUUAUUUAUACUAUAAUUACAUCAACAAUAACAAUUUCUUUAUUAAUAUCCAAUAAUGGCCUUAUAUAUAAAAUUAUAAUAUCAUUUAUUAUAUUUGCCUCAAUAAUAUCAUUUUUUUAUUGGGUAACACUUUGUUCAAAAAAAUCAAAUACUAAAAAGUUUGAAGAUAAUAUUAGACAAAUAAUUAAUAAAAUCAAUAAUAAUCUUUUUAAUAGAGGAAUAAUAUUUAAUUUUUAUUUCAACUUUAACUCUAAACCAAUUAUUGAGCAGAUUUCAGUUUCAUUUUCGAUCACCCCUCAACAAAAACUUCAGCAAAGUAAUCAAACUAGUUCAAAUUUCAGUUAUCCUGGUAAUAAUUUAUCUUAUAUAUAA